UGAUCAUGUGUCAGCAAGCCACUCAUGCUCAAAGCAGUCAGAACCCCCUUAUAAUCAGAACAGAGACCAGCUGAAAGGCUCCCCACCACCAUAUCAACAUGGAUUGCGGAAUUGUUACAUCGAAAAUAGUCAUUUUGCUUCUAAGUUUAAUAUUUUGGACUGCGGGGGGUGCCCUUGUCUAUGUAGGCUCUUAUGUGAUCAAGAGCUACAGCAACUUUGACAACUUCCUGCAGGAUAAGUACACGUUCAUCUCGGCAGGCAUCAUCAUACCUGUGGGAGUGGUGAUGUUCAUCAUCGGGACCGUGGGCUGCUACGCCACCCUGAGAGAAUCCAAAGUGGGCCUUAGCUUUUUCCUGCUGGUUAUCCUGGCUAUCUUUGCAGCAGAGGUCACUGCUCUAGUGUAUGGGAUCAUCUACCAAAGAAGGAUAAAAGGGGACUUGGAGCGGACAAUGAGUGAUGUGUUCCUGAAGUAUGAUGGUCAGAACUCUGACACCCAGGCUGUGGAUUACUUGCAGUCUCAGUUGCAGUGCUGUGGAGUGCAGACCUACCUGAACUGGACCACCAACCCCUGGUUCAGCAGCAUUAACAACGCUGUGCCCGUCUCCUGUUGUAAAGGGAACAACACAGAAUGUACAGGCAAACUGGACCAGCUAGACCUGCUCAAUACCCGGGGUUGUGAGGGUAUGCUGGAACAGCUCCUUCAGGAUGUGAUGAGUUAUGCCUUGCUGGUCAUCCUUGGAUUUGCCAUCUUCAAGAUUUUCGGGACGCUCAGUGUGUGUGUGAUCACGUGUAAAGUCAGGAGAGGUGGCUACCAGUCCCUGGAUGCCUGAUCCUGUUGGCUUGAAGUAUACUUCUGAGGCUUGUCUUGCACUCUCUCCUGGCCCCUGACUCCUCUCCCCUUUCUCCAGCACUGAGACUAUAGAGCCUUAGGACUUAUGUUCCCCACUCCAAGAUUUUAGCAACCUUUCAGGAACAUUCUUACAGUUUUCAUUCAGCUUUCCUAUGUAGUUGUCAGCCCACCAACCGUUGGGCAAACCACUGUCAUCAUUUGAAGCAUUGGAAACCACAAGAUGCCAUUUUUUUAAAGAUAGUUGCAAAUAGGAAUUACCACUCAAACUUUUAAACAAUGGAAGUUGGUUUUGUAAUUUCCUGCUGUGCAUACUGAAGAAAAUAAGAAAGGGUUUGCUCAGUGACAUAUCAGUAUAUGGAGUACACUCCAUUUUAAAGAGGCAAUCUGAGACUCAAACAAUAACAAAACGGCUAACCAUGCAAUUGUUUUGGUAAACUGUUGAUGGAUGGUGCUGGAGAAAUGUAACCAUUCUCAAAUUCAUAGACUGAUCUAUGGAUACAGAGACUAACCAUAUAUUAGAUCAAAAUGAAUGUUUUCCUUAAAAGUGGUACAGUGUUUGUUUACAAUCACAUUGUUUACAAACAAUGGAGUAAAAAGGCUUAUUUUGGGUUCUGAUGGGGUAAGACAGUUUAACUAAGCUCAUGAGGCUUUUAAGUAAUAUUUUUCAAUAAUCAAUUGCUAUAUAUCAUUAAUUUGUUGACCAAAAAUGUAUGUGCCACUCCCAGAUUGCCCCUUUUUUAAGGCUUGAAAUGUUAUGUUGAAAUGGCCAAGGAUGUUUUUAAUACUUCAACGCAUCAGUGUAGUAGGCUCUGUUUAAUCAAGACUGGAUUGUCUUGGAUAUACAGUAUUAUUACGUUACGAAAGGACUGUCAAGAUUAUUUGGGAAAUUAUUUGAUAAAACUAAGGGACAGUUUGAAAUGUACUAGAGGGUGGGGUGGUGUCAAAGAAAAUGCACCCCCCUCCAAAGUAAACAUAUUUUCAAAUGACCUUUCUCUUGUACUGUAAAAAAAAAACAUUGCACACUCUGCCCACUCAUAGAGUUAACUCAAAAUAAUGUUCAUGACCACAAAUAAUAGCUGUAGUGACCCUGUGUUUAUAAGCGUGGAUAUAGACUUUGCCACUUCAGCAUGCUUUUGUACCACUGUCGAUGCCACACAGGGCUACAGGCCUUGAAGGUUGAGUGCUUGUCGACCACCACGGACUAGCUCCCUGCCUGUUUCAUUAGGGCUUACACUAUGAUCGGAGCUGGCUACAGACAAUGAUCAACAAGAGGAAUCUGAUUUUUUAAAAACAUUUUGAUACCAUAUUUCUCAUUAUAUUAAAAUAUAUGGAAUGAAUUUUCCACCGACAGGUUUCUGUGCCAAUGCACAACACAACCAAUAAACAAAGCAUACCGAC